AUGCGAGUAGUUGGAAAUAAGGCGGCCAAAUUAGCCAAGUUGGCGGAAAUAUAUCCCGAGGAUGAAAUCGACGAGGAUGAGCUUGAGUUGGAGGGCGAAACAGCAGGUGCUCGACAGCAGAUCGACGAGUUACGUAGUGCUAUAGCAGAAUUAACAAAGACGGUGGGUGAGUUGGUGACAUCGCGUAGAAAUGAAGUUGCAGAUUCCAGUGCAAGUCAACCGCUCCACAAUAUUUCAUCAACGCCAUCGCAGGAAGGUGAAAUCCCAACCGUAGCACGAGCAUGCGCAGUACCGUCGCAGCCACACACGUCGAAUAACUUACGUGAAAUAUAUGCUCUUAUGCCGGAAUUUGAUCCACUGAAGAACAACUUGAGUAGCCAAGUUUUUAUAGAGAAAGUAACACAGCUGCGCAGAGCGUACAAGCUUACUGAACAAGAGGGUUUGGUGGCAGCGCAGGCAAAGCUUAAGGGCAUUGCGAAGGAGUGGCUGGAUUCACAAGAAGUUUUUCAGUCAUGGUCGGAUUUUGUGCGAGCGUUUGAGCACGAUUUUCCAGCAUCGAUUACAUCAGCAGAGGUGCACCGCAAUAUGGCACAACGGAAACGUCAACCCAAAGAAACGUUCGAGGAAUAUUAUUAUUCAAUGUUGAGCAUUGGAAGACGCGGUCGGAUGGACGAAGAGUCGAUCAACGCAUACGUCUUCGCUGGUUUGAACGACGCAUCAUUGACACGCACGUUACUGGCGUUAAAGCUAUCUACAUGUAACGACUUACUGCGGUCAUUGAAGGGUAUGGUUAUCGGUCCAACACAAUCGAAAGUAAGCACGAUGGAAGAAAAGAGUUCCAAUGAGUCAAGUUCUAGAGCAACGGGGGACAGAAAACCGGUAAAGUGUUUCAAUUGCAACCAAUACGGGCACAUUGCAUCAAAAUGUUCUCAACCCCAACGGAAGCCAAAGUGUACGAAGUGCAACAAGGUAGGUCAUGAAGCGCAGGCAUGUCGAAACGAAAGACCAACGGUGGCAAAGGUAGCGGAUGACUCCAAGCGAAUAACGAAUGCAGCCAUUAAAGAUGUAACUUGGAAUGGCAAGCAGUUUAGAGGUUUACUCGAUACGGGAAGUGAUGUAUCACUAGUCGCAGCAUCAAAGGUUCCAGAUGAAGUGGCACGACAUCCAGCCAUGAAACGACUCGAAGGGUUUGGAGGAGCAGUUAUAACGAGCACAGAGUUCAUCGAAGCGGAGUUGGUCGUCGAUGGAGUAACGAUAGUGACCACUUGCCAUAUCGUGCCAGAUAAGUUUAUGCCGUAUGAUGUAGUAAUUGGUUGGGAUGUAUUACGCAAAGAAAGUUGCAGGUUAACCGCCGAGGGUGGCGUCAUGCAGGUACAUCACCGAAGCGAUGCAACAUUUGUUGUCAAUGAGGCAUUGAACGCAGCAGAUUCCCGAAAUGUUAAAGAUUUGUUGCGGAAAUAUACAAACUGUUUUACGGAGGGCUUGUCCGACUUGGAACGAUGUAAGACGACGGAGAUGGAAAUCAUCAUCACCACAGAUCAGCCAGUGAUUGAUAGGCAGUAUCAAGUCCCGCUGUAUCAACGUCCAACGUUAACGAAGAUCAUAAAUGACCUGCUAGCGCAUGGCAUUAUCAGGCCGAGUUCGUCACCGCACGCAGCACCGGUGAUUAUUGUCAAAAAGUCGAAUGGUGAAGACAGAAUGUGUGUCGACUACCGGGCACCUAACUCUGUCACAGUGAAAAAGCAUUUCCCGAUGCCAAUUGUGCAAGAGCAAUUAGCUAAGCUCGUAGGCNUCAAUUCUGUCACAGUGAAAAAGCAUUUCCCGAUGCCAAUUGUGGAAGAGCAAUUAGCUAAGCUCGUAGGCAACACAGUUUUCACUACUUUGGACAUGACCGCUGGUUACUACCAAAUUCCGUUAAAGGAAGACA